AUGAAAUACUCAUGUGUUCAAUUGAAUGAUCUACCCGAUGAAAUUCUUUUGAUUAUAUUAAAAAAUUUGACUAAUGCAGAAGUACUUUAUUCUUUAUUGGGUGUCAAUAAACGAUUAAAUAAUAUUGCAGUUGAUCCCGGUUUUACAAAUAAUUUAUCUCUUGUGAUGUCUGCAUUGGAUGGUUUGGUUUAUUCAUUACCUGAUCCAAUACUUGAUCGAUUUUGUUUACAUAUUUUACCUAAAAUUCAUCAAAAUAUUGAAUGGCUUCAUCUUCAAUCACGAUCAAUGGAACGCAUUCUUCGUGCUACAAAUUUUCCGAAUUUGUCUGGCAUUAGUUUACACAAUAUUCAAGCAAAAACAGCUAUAGAUCUUUUUACGGAACAAACUUCCGUAAUUCAUAUUUUGAAAAAUCAACUUUUAUCAUUUACUAUCGACGUUAGUGCAAAAACAGAACGUUAUGAACGAAACCGUAAUGCAAUUAUAUUUCAUCAUAUCCUGACUGUGUUCACUAAUUUACAAUAUUUUAAUUUUGAUCGAUCUUCAAUUUACGAUGAACGAUUAUUCUUUUCUAUGAGAAGUCCAACUGUUAUCUCUACAAAUUUGUUAGAAUUACAUGUCUCUUUGCUUACUUUUGGAGAUUGUCUUUAUUUACUUGAUGAACAUUUUAAUCAACUUCGUUCACUUUAUGUUGAUGUUAAUAUGAUUAUCUCUUCGGAUAGAAGCGUCAACAAUACGAAAGAACUAUCUAGUUUAAAAUGCUUUUAUCUACAUUGUGAGACGAUAACAAGGGUUUAUGAUGAAUCCGUUGUGCCACUUUUACAUCGAAUGUCGAAUUUAGAAACGCUUGAUUUGUCCAUUGCUGCAUGGGAAAGGAAAACAAUUUUUGAUGUAGUUUUUAUAAAAAAAAAUGAUUUAACAUUAAAUCAAGAUAUUCAAAGGAUUUUCAAAGAUUUUAAUGAUAAAAAAAUAAUCUAUUGGGCUGAUUAUUUUCCAAAACAAAAGAAAGGUCUUUGCCAUAUUUACUCGUGUCCAUAUAAACUAAACUAUUACAAUGAUAUAACAAAUAAUUUUCCAGGUGAAAUAUUCCAAUCCGUUCGUGAAGUAUCAUUAUUUGAUGAACGGCCUUUUGAACAUGACUUUUUCCUUCAAAUUGCUCAAUCGUUUCCAUUCUUGGAAAAUUUAUGUGUGCGUAAUCACGAACGACAAAUGUAUAAAGAAUGUAGUAAAUCAAUUAUUAAAUAUCCUUAUCUUAAAAAACUUGAUAUUAUUUGCACUUGCAAAGAUUACUAUGAACAAUUCUUAUUCGAUUGUAAAACAUGUUUACCAUUUGAUGUUCGUGCUGGUAUGCAUUAUGAACGAGUGAAGCAAGUGACAUGCAAUUUCACAAGUAAUAGAACACGAAAUAAUUGUGCAAAAAUCCAUUACAGUAAUUUAUAUUUUGGAAUAAAAGUUGUUGGAGAUUCUGAAAAUUUUUGUGGUGAAACAGGAGAACUUUCUGAACAUAUAAAACGUUAUUUUCCUCGUACGCAAAUAAAUUGUUUAUUGUAA